CAUGUCCUGAGCGCAAUGAGAAGCCUGCAAAGCCCUGAUUCCUUUCGGCACAUUCCUGGGGAGCGGGCACAGGGUGUGUGCCUGGGAGAGCCUAGCAGUGGGGAUGAAGGAGCAGAGCCACCUGCCUCAGUGCUGAGCCUAAGGCCUGCCUUGUACCGGGACAUGAUGAAGCCUGAUAAGCAGGCAGAAGCACUUGUAUGGGAUAAUGAUAUAUCAGCUCAUGCCCAGUCUGUUGCCAAGGCCAAAUAUGAAUUUUUGUUUGGCUUGGAGGAAGAGAAGCCUUCAGAAGUGGGUAGUGGCCAUGGAAGUAAUACUUUGCUGCCCCACACCAUCAUCAAUGAAUUUCCAGAAUACGGCACUAUGGAGGCAAGCAGAGAUGCACUGAGGACUUCAUCAAAGAGCCAGGCAGAGCCUGUGACUUGCAGUCCAGAAGAACGGGACCGUUACCACAUACCUGGCAGGCCUCCUCCCCAGUCUGUGGCUUCUGCAGAUGAGCCUAGAGCUCAGGUUAAGGCAGCACAGCUGCACACUGCAGAAGAAGGUUUGCAACCUGUGGGUAACUUGCCAGAGAUUAUGAAAAUUUCUCAACAGCUAGAAGCAACAAAAGUACAACAUAGAGCAAAUACUUCUCUUGAUUCAGAGACGCACAUGGAAGAAAAGAGUGUUCCUGGCUGCCAAAAUGUGCAGACAGCCAGAGAACCAGUUGCAGCAGGCCAAGAAAAACCCUCAGACAUGCCUCUUCCAUCUAAGCAAACAGCUGAGGAUAAAAUGCACUUGAUCAUAGAGAAAGAUCUGGAUACAAUAUGGACUGGUGAAAAGCAGUCUGAGUCCUUGCGAGCCACCAGUAAUAAAGCUGAGGAGGUCCACACAGCAGAGGAGACAAGUUGUCAUAGACCAUCUGUGACAAACCUGGAAGCGGCCAGCACAGUGGAGGAGUGGGUGCAAUCUGAGGAGUUUUCAGCUUACAGUCAAGGCAGAAUGAAAAUGGGUCCUGAGAGGAGGCUCUCUAAAGAGGCAGCUGUGAGCAAACAUGUAGAAUUUCAAGGGGUGGAGAUUUUAUGGCUGCAGAAAGCAGAGGACCAGAGCAGAAAGAAGCAUUCAGUGCUGGAGACCACAUCUGUGGAGAGAAAAGCGUUCCCCAAAACAUCGAGCCACUCUGUGCCACUGAUGAUUGCCUCCAGCUUGGUCACCUUGCCAGACAGUGCUAAGUGUGAAGUCUGGGAAGAGCCUGGGGUGGGAGCUGCCCGUGGAGCUGCUCCUCUGGCACUGCUUGAUGAAACUGGGGAGGAUGAAGUUUUUGUGAAGGACAAGAGGAACCGCAGCAAGGAGGAGACCACUGUGCUAGCGAGAGAUCAUGGCAGAAUCAUGGAGGAGGGAAAAGCAACCAUGGGAGGAUAUGAAGAUGUGGUUGGACAAAGGCAAUCUGACGUCUCCACCGAUCUGUACAGCUCGCAGUUUGAAAACAUCCUAGACAAUACCUCUUUAUACUAUAGUGCAGAGUCUUUGGAGACAUUAUACUCGGAGCCUGAUAGCUACUUCAGUUUUGAGAUGCCACUCACUCCAAUGAUCCAGCAGCGUAUGAAGGAGGGCAGUCAGUUUUUGGAGCGGACUUCAGCCUCAGGACAGAUGGAUGUCUUUCAUCUUCCCCCUGAUGGGGAAGCAAAGAGCUGCUGUGAAGAGAUCGCCAAUGGCUUAAGGAAUGUAAGCGAAGCACUCUUCAGAGGAGAUGUCACAGAAGUUCCUCAUUUGGGAAGGGCUGCUGGACUACAGAAUAUGGUGUUAGACUCCAGUGCUGCCAUGGGGAGCAAUAAACUUCAGGAGAAAGAUGCUGUUGGAGCCCUUGGCCAUGAUCUCAGCAAUGGCAACAGCAGCAAUUUGGAAGCAGCCAGGCACCUAGCUAAACGCCUCUACCAUCUGGACAAAUUCAAGCGCUCUGAUGUGGCAAAGCAUUUGGGUAAAAACAAUGAAUUCAGCAAGCUUGUGGCUGAAGAAUACCUUAAGUUUUUUGAUUUCACAGGCAUGACGCUGGACUUCUCACUCAGGAGUUUCUUUAAAGCCUUUUCCCUUAUUGGAGAAACUCAGGAACGAGAGAGAGUUUUAGUCCACUUUUCCAGCAGAUACUAUCAGUGUAACCCAAACACCAUUUCUUCUAAAGAUGGAAUUCACUGUCUCACGUGUGCCCUGAUGCUGCUAAACACUGAUCUGCAUGGCCACAACAUUGGGAAAAAGAUGACCUGCCAAGAAUUCAUUGCUAACCUCCAAGGGAUGAACGAUGGUAAAGACUUCCAAAAAGAACUGUUGAAGGCCCUCUACAAUUCAAUCAAGAAUGAGAAGCUUGAAUGGGCAGUGGAUGAAGAAGAGAAAAAAAAACCUCAUUCAGAUGGUACAGAUGAAAAAGAUAAUGGGAACCAGACGAAGGCUGUAAGUCGGAUUGGAAACUCUAAUAACCCAUUCCUGGACAUCCCUCAUGACCCCAAUGCUGCUGUGUAUAAAACUGGAUUUCUGGCUCGGAAAAUCCAUGCAGACAUGGAUGGAAAGAAAACUCCCUGGGGAAAGCGAGGCUGGAAAACCUUUUAUGCUGUGCUGAAGGGAACAGUCUUGUACUUGCAAAAGGAUGAGUACAAGCCAGAAAAGGCUUUGUCGGAGGAAGAUCUGAAGAAUGCAGUUAGUGUGCAUCAUGCACUGGCAUCCAAGGCAACAGACUAUGAGAAGAAACCCAAUGUCCUCAAGCUUAAAACAGCAGAUUGGAGUGUCCUGCUUUUUCAAGCCCAGAGCCAAGAAGAAAUGCAGACCUGGAUCAACAAGAUUAACUGUGUGGCAGCUGUCUUCUCUGCACCACCAUUUCCAGCAGCAAUUGGUUCCCAGAAGAAGUUCAGUCGGCCACCCCUGCCAGCCACCACAACAAAGCUAUCUCAGGAUGAACAGCUGAAAUCCCAUGAAGCUAAGCUGAAGCAGAUCUCCACUGAACUUGCUGAACAUCGCUCCUAUCCUCCUGACAAGAAGCUCAAAGGCAAGGAAGUAGAUGAUUACAAACUGAAGGACCACUAUCUGGAAUUUGAGAAAAAUCGCUAUGAGAUUUAUAUUGGCCUCCUGAAAGAAGGGGUGAAGGAGCUGCUGAGUGGAGGAGAGAACGAUGCGUCAGGACUGAAGAAAUCCCACUCGAGUACGUCGCUCAAUCAGGAGUCUCCAGUUAGUGCCAAGAUCAUCUCAAGCACACCAAUUCCUCUUAGAGAAGAUCAUCAGCGGUACUACAUGAAGCUGACAUUGCCCCAGGAGGAACUUUGGAAAAAAUGUGCUUGUAUACAGAGGUAGCAGAACUGGGCCAGCCAUGGGCAAGUAAUACCAGUCUUACAGAGCAGCUGAAGCAGAGAAAGGAAGGUGAAUUCCAGCCACGGCCUGCUAACAAGGAUGUGUGUCUCUAUAAAUUUGUGGUGGAUACAACCUGCAGAACAGGUGUGUGCCCUGUCAGUUGGGAAGUAGAUUGGAUGAGGUGGCAACUGGGGCACUGCUGCGAUGUCAGGUGUGGAAAGCAUUUCUGAUGAGACAAAAGCACAUGUUAUACCCUUCUUCUAUACCAUACACUUCUCAGUGCAUGUUGCUCUCCAUCCCGUCCAGAGCUGUACUGUGCGGGAACAUGAAGUACUGAGACCAGGGUGGAUGGAGCCAGAGUAAUUUCUGGAGUAAUGCCGACACCAAUUUUUACACCCCUGUCUUCUCCCAGAGUGAUGUUUGCUGUGGUAGGCUGUUGAAGUGGGCUGUGCCUGGGGUGGCAGUACUCUCUCUGUCUGGGCUGAAACAUCCUGCUGGGAUGGUUUUGUGGGGGCCUCACAGCUAGCCAAUGAUAGCAACUAUGGUGUAAAACCUGAAUCUGCUACCGCUGCCGUUCCCACGCUGCGUUUCUCAGGCAACUGAGGUGUGGGUGGCAGUUAGAGGUUGUAAUUGUUUCUGGAAAAAAAAAAAAAAAAAACACACACACAAAUCAAAAAAAAAAAAAAAAAAAAAAAAACACCAUGAAGAAAGAAGUUGUCUUUUUGUUUAGCUGCAAUUUCUGAGUGCACUUUAGACAAAUUGUCAGAAUCCACAUUCGUGUUGGCAGGGAACCAGACUCCCUGGCACGCUGAUUAAAUGGUGUGUGGGCAAAACGUAGGCAGAUGAUGGGGACCUGUACAGCAAAACCUCAGAGAGCCUUGUUUUCAUUUGCUUUUUUUUUUUUUUUUUUUUUUCCUCCCUCCAAAUUCCUUUUAGGAUAAUUUUCUGACCAUCACUCAUUGGCUCUGCUUUGAGUCUUGAUCCUAUUGACAUUGGGCGCUGAGAAGAUCAGUGAACCCAGAGCAGCAGCUGCUUGUGGUGAAUAACCCUCACUGACAGGUAGGCAGGUAAACCUCUAAGAGCAGUGAAACUGCCAGAGAGACCCAAAACGUCAGACUACAGCAAUAAAAAAGAAAUUUUUACAGGUGGAUUGGACUCUUUUCUUCCAGUGGACCAUCUGGACAUGAAAGGAUGUUCUCUUGCUCCAGCUUCAGCCUCCCUGGUCAGUCUGUCCAUGAGGACCCGGGGCUCUGACACCACAGGCAGCCACCCAGGAAGCAGUGGUGCUGAGGAAUUUCAGACAUUAGCUCGUCUGCUGCUUGAAUCUCACAACUGUGGCAUUUCCACAGUGUUGUGUGUGUAGAGUGGGGACCUUUGCAUAUCGUUCCCAGAAUAUCUUUCUAUCUGACAAGGUGGGAUCCCUUGGUUUACCUUGGCUUGCAUGUUCACUAACCUUCUGUUUGUUCUUUUAUCAUUUCUCUUAGGGGUUAUUUGCACGCUGUCAGAAAGGUAAGAUGAGUUGAUGAAGUCUCUGUGACCACAACAUGCAUCACAUGGAUGCUCUCUCUUUUCAGAAACACAAUGAUAGAGCUCCACUGUAACUCAAAGACCCUUCACUUCCGUGCAGCAGGUGAUGCCACCACAAAGGGCUUGGCUGCAUAGAUGCAUCUGAGGGGAAGUAACUGCUUUAAAAUGCACGGGAUGUACUGCAUCAAACACUUUGGCACUCUGAUUCAGAUGGCCACCAUGCAUUCUGGCUUCUGGAGUGUAGCACGCUGUAUCCUGCAAGAGUCUCUUUUAAACUCUGAACACGUUCUCCACAGCAGUUUGAUUCACAUCUUUCGCUAAUUCCUCUUGAACUUUCUAAGAGAUCUGGCACAAACAAGUCCCUAGAGGUAUUUUACAGCCCUUUGGGCUCUUGCUGUGCUCAUGAUUCAUCAGAUGUCUCUUGAUGUGAUGUUUAGCUCAGAGUGUAGUCUGACAGGGCCUCCUUGCCGAGCAUUAGGAGAUGCAGAUAUCCUCCAGGGGACAUAUGCCAAUCAUGCAGUUUGGGACUUGUCCUCUCUUGAUUUCAGAGGGUGCCCAGGCAAGAGCUAUUUGGAAGCACAGGCUCCAGUCCAACCCAGCCUGAUCUGCUGUGUGCUUGGGAGCCAGAAAGGUUUCACCCCUAGUUUCUCUGGGAGCAGACAAAGGCCAAGGCUGAGUGCAUGUGCCAGUUCUUCCUGUACUAUUUAAAUGCAAACUCUCCAGGGCAGGGGACUCAACCGUGUACAUUCAACAGUAAUAAAUAUUAAUCCCCAUGAUUUGCAAACAGCAAGGCUUUCGGGUACUGGCAUGGCUUUAAUAGAAAACACAAAAGGCCUGGCACAAUGUUUAUGAGCCCUGGAGAUGGUUUAACUUGUUCGAAUGCAUACUUGGCUUUGAGUCACAGAUGUGAUCAAUCAAAGGAGCAGUCCUUUCCUUCUGACUCACCAAGGCUGUUUCUCUGAAUUUGAGGGAUUUAAAUACCCAUUUGACUCAAUUCAAGCUUCAAGUAGUUAGGCUUGAAAAAAAUCUGACUGCCAAAACCACAGUUGUUGCAACUGUCUCUGACUUUGGUAAGGUCAGGGAGAGACGGCUUGGAUGCUAAAGGCAGAGGGCAUGUCUUUGUCUUUCACCAGCUGAGAGCUGACCUCUGUGGGCCAUGCACUGCAGAUUUGCUGGGGUGCCAAACCUGGAAAACUUCCCCUUUAAAUUUUAUCUGAUCUGCCUUUCUUCCCAAAGAAAAGACUUUAAAUAAUUAAAAAAAAAAUAAAAAAAAAGAAGAAAU